AUGGGUUCCUUGGCAAGUCCAAAGCGAGUCGCCGUAGUCACCGGCGCAGCUCAAGGCAUCGGACGCUGCAUUGCGAUGCGUUUGGCGGCAGACGGCUUGGACGUAGCCGUGAACGACCUACCCACCAAGCUCGCUCAGCUGGAAGCAAUCGCUACGGAGAUCAAGUCGUUGACGGGCUGCCAGGCCAUCGUCGUGACUGGAGAUGUGUCGCGCGAUGAAGACGUUGAAGCAAUGGUCGCCUCCGUCGUGGAAGGGCUCGGAGGCUUGGAUGUGAUGGUCGCGAACGCUGGUAUUACGGAGUUUCGUUCUUUGGUAGAUCUGGACGUGAAGGAGUGGGACCGAAACAUGGCGAUCAACGCCCGAGGCGUCAUGCUCUGCUAUAAAUACGCUGCGAAGCAGAUGAUAGAGCAAGGCCGCGGCGGACGGAUCAUAGGCAUCCCGAGCCUAUCGGCGUACGCUGCGUCCAAGUUCGCGGUGCGAGGCCUGACACAAUGCGCAGCUUUGGAGUUGGCCGCACAUAAAAUCACUGUCAACGCCUAUGCUCCUGGCGCGAUUCGCACGAACAUCGUCAACAACGAGGAGGACAUGCGUGAGGAUGAACGUCUGGGACUGCCUCCGGGCACGACAACGAUGAAGAGGUUGAAUAUGCCGAUGAACAUCCCGAUGGCAGACCCCGAAGUCAUUGGCAGCUUGGUCUCGUACAUCGCCAAACCAGAGUCGCACUUCAUCACUGGUCAAACCAUCUCAGCGAACGGCGGAACGCACUGUGACUAA